GGCGAACCUUGGGAACGCCGGGGCCACUUAUUACUGACAGACUCACUCUCCAAUGAGGGGAGCGGGUGAUGAUUUAACUGUCCAAUGGGUGACAGGUGGGCGGGGUUCAUUUCCGCGGCAGGUUCCAAGAUGGCGGCGGGUGUGUAAGCGCGGCGGUUAGUCAGGGAACCCGUCCCGGAGGUGCUUGCCGCCAUGAAGGGCAAGGAGCGCUCCCCGGCCAAGGCCAAACGGUCCCGGGGCGGCGGCGAGGACUCGGCCUCCUCCUCUUCUUCGGCCCGGGCCGAGCGGAGCAGCAAGAAGCCCGGCGGCUCCAGCGCGGGCGGCAGCAACGGGGGAAAAGCGGCGGGCGGCUCCGGUGAGAGCAGCAGCCGGCGGGGCCUGCACCUGGACAAGGCCAGCCGGGGCGGGAGCCGCGAGUACGAGUCGGGGGCGGCGGCCAGCUCCGGCCGCCACGGCUACAGCAGCAGCAAGAACGCGGAGUCGUCCCGGAGCAGCGGCAGCCGGGGCGGCGGGGGUGAGUCCCGGGCGCCGCCGGCCCCCUCCUCCUCGUCGGAGUCGGCCGGGGCGGGAGGAGGUGGCGGGAGCGGCGAGUACAAGACGCUGAAGAUCAGCGAGCUGGGCUCGGCGCUGAGCGACGAGGCGGUGGAGGACGGGCUUUUCCACGAGUUCAAGCGCUUCGGGGACGUCAGCGUCAAGAUCAGCCGCCUCCCGCCGGGCACCGGUGCCAGCGACGAGCGGGUGGCCUUCGUCAACUUCCGCCGGCCGGAGGACGCCCGCGCCGCCAAACACGCCCGCGGCCGCCUGGUGCUCUACGACCGGCCGCUCAAGAUCGAAGCGGUCUAUGUCGGGGGGAGCAGCCGGCGCCGCAGCAGCCGCUCCCCGGCCCUGCUGGACAAGGAUUCUCAUUCUCCCUACGGGGCCGCGGCCGUGGGCGUGGCGGCUGCAGCGGCCGCAGCUGUCAGGCACCCCCCGGCCGGAGCAACCCAGAGGGCGCUGUCGCCGGCGGGUGGAGGAGGGGGCCUGGGCUACAGAGACUACCGGCUACAGCAACUCGCUCUGGGCCGCCUGCCCCCGCCACCUCCCCUGCCUAGGGAGCUAGAGAGGGAGCGGGACUACGGGGCUUUCUAUGAUACCCGUGUGCGGCCAGCCUAUGGGCUGGAGCGAGUGGCUGGAGUGGCAGCGGCUGGGGGCUUCCGAGGAGGAGGAGGUGCUGGAGUUGCUGGUGAGGAGGAGAUCAGUCCUGAGGAUGAUCAGAGAGCCAACCGCACUUUGUUCCUGGGCAACCUGGACAUCACAGUGAGCGAGUCGGACCUGCGCCGGGCCUUUGACCGCUUUGGGGUCAUCACAGAAGUGGACAUCAAGCGUCCGGGUCGUGGCCAGACCAGCACCUAUGGCUUCCUCAAAUUUGAAAAUCUGGACAUGGCACACCGGGCCAAGCUAGCCAUGUCUGGAAAGGUGCUGCUGCGCAACCCUAUCAAAAUUGGUUACGGCAAAGCCACUCCUACCACCAGGCUUUGGGUGGGUGGCCUUGGGCCUUGGGUGCCACUGGCUGCCCUGGCAAGGGAGUUUGACCGUUUUGGCACCAUUCGCACUAUUGACUAUCGUAAAGGUGACUCAUGGGCUUACAUUCAAUAUGAGAGCCUGGAUGCAGCUCAGGCCGCUUGUGCCCACAUGCGUGGCUUCCCUUUGGGUGGCCCAGACCGCCGCCUCCGAGUGGACUUUGCUGACACUGAGCAUCGCUACCAGCAACCCUACUUGCAACCUCUGACCCUACCACCACCUGCCCACUAUGAGCUAGUAGCAGAGGCAGCUGCCUUUGGGGCUCACCGUGGGGCUCCCCCAGACCCACUUCGGGGGGCACGGGACAGGACACCACCACUGCUCUAUAGAGACCGUGAGAGAGAUCUCUAUCCUGAGGCAGACUGGGUGCCACCACCACCUCCUGUACGGGACAGGAGCAAUCGAGCAGCUGCCUACGACCCACUGGAAAGUUUGGAGCGCCGGCGGGAUGGCUGGUCCCUGGAGCGGGACCGAGGAGAGAGGGAGCUGGGUGGCACCAGCAGCAGUAGGGACCAACCCAGGAAGCGAAGACUGGCAGAGGAUGGUGGACGGCACUUAGACCGCUCUCCAGAUAGCGAGCGUUCAGCUGUGUCCCGUAAGCGACAUUGUUUGGCCACGGCCUCUCCCCCAGAUCGCAGUCCUGACCUUGGUGGGAGCAGGGAGCGCUACGCUAGUGACACAGAACGCUUAUCCUCCCGUUUGCUCCUGCUGGAGCGACCAUCACCUGUCCGGGAACCACGCAGGGGCAGUCUUGAACGAGGUCCGAAUGAAAAGCGUGACCGGAAAAACUCUGCUGAAAGAGAGAGGAAGCACCGCACCUCCACAGCAGCUGCUGCCCAGGAGUGCAAGAGCCCAGCCAAAAAGGACGAGCGAACCACAGAAGGGGGCAGUGGUGGAGGGUCCCGGCUCAAACCUCCACCCCAGAAGCAGCAGCAGCAAGAUGGAACGUCACAGGCUGGCGGGGCCCCCAAAUUAUGCCUGGCUUGGCAGGGGAUGCUCCUGCUGAAGAAUAGCAACUUCCCGUCCAACAUGCACCUGCUUCAGGGGGACCUCAGUGUAGCUAGCAGCCUCCUGGUGGAGGGAGCAACUGGUGGCAAAGUGGCCCAGCUCAAGAUCACCCAGCGUCUCCGCCUGGACCAGCCCAAGCUGGAUGAGGUAACCCGCCGUAUUAAAGUGGCGGGACCCAAUGGUUAUGCCAUCCUCUUGGCUGUGCCUGGCACCUCGGACAACCGCUCCUCAUCUGGGGCCAGUGAUGCUGCCACCACCUCCACACAGAGGCCGCUCAGGAACCUCGUGUCCUAUCUAAAGCAAAAGCAGGCUGCCGGAGUGAUCAGCCUCCCUGUGGGGGGCAACAAAGACAAGGAGAACAGCGGGGUCCUGCACGCCUUCCCACCCUGCGACUUCUCCCAGCAGUUCCUGGACUCCACGGCCAAGGCCCUGGCCAAAUCAGAGGACGACUAUCUGGUCAUGAUCAUUGUCCGUGGUGCAUCUUAAAGCCCUUGUGUUUUCUGUAUCCAACCCUGCCUAUUUCUCCUCCACACAGCCCCUCCAGUGUGUGCCAGGUGCUAUGGGAUACAGCCUUAGCCAACCCCACAAUUAUUUUUAAUUAGAUCGUUAUUUGUAGCCAAUUUUCCCCGCCUGUUUUUCUGUAACUAUAUUUUUCUAUAGUUAGAAGCCAGGAAGGUUUAGCCUUCAGCCUGAGUAGGAUAUUUUGAGGAUCCCUUAUCAGUGAGGGUAGCAGGGAGGUUAAGCCUGCUUCAACUAAAAAUGAGAAAUUCCCACUUUUAUUAAUUUUUACUUUGUUCUUUUUCAUUUGAUCAUUUUUUAAAAGCAGGUUUAAAAACUUCUCUAGAAUUACAAACUUAAAAGACCAGAUAUAAAGCACUAAGUAGUUUAAACAGAAAACCACAUACCAGAUAGUGGACUGGCAUUGACUCAUUUUGAGUCUUUGAAAUUCUGUGAAGGCCUUAGACCAGUAGCCCUAAGUUAAAUAAGUCCUUUAUCAGGAACCUGAAUGGUUUCACUUUGAGUUGACUGACUCAAGGUUGAUUUCUUUUAGGUGACUAGCACCUCAUCUUGUGGUACACUGUAGCUCGAACAUUGAAUUCCUUUGUAGGUAUUAAUUUGAGGAUUUCACUCAGUCCACAGAAAUGCAUGCCCAAAAGGUGUGCUUUUAACAGGUGUGUUCCUCCUGUUCUGAGUUCCAUUGUAUCCCAUAUAUGCACUUUGGGUUUGUAGCAGUAACAACAUUUUGGUAAAUAGGCGAGGACUUUGUUACAAACCUUGAAUGUCUUGUGCUUACUCUAGUAUGCAAGAAACAAGUAGGUGCUUAAGAACAACUAAUCAUUUGGUGGGUUUUUUUGUUGUUUUUACUGCCUUUUUCAGAGUUGCAGGUACAGUGGAUUCUACCGUGCAGACUCCAAACAAGUAUACUCUUCAGAGAGGGCUUUUAAUUCUGUGAAAAUUAAACUAUGUAAAGUUUUCAUCACCAUUUUAUCUUUGUUAAUAGAAAGAAACUGCUGUCUGUCUUCUGAGGACCUUUUUUUAAGGUACAGUAGAAUGGGCAUUAUGUGAGGUUUCAUAGUCAUUUGGACUAGUGUUUUUUAGCAUCUUGGCAGAGUAUUAAAAGUUCUCCAAAAUGUUGAAAAAGCAGUUCACCUUGUUCAACAAACCUAGUACAUUUUCAUUUAAUUUUUUCUCUAUGCUUUUCUCCCUUAUUAUCUUGAUAAAACCUAGAAAAAAAGAUAUCAAAUCAUUUUAAAGCCCCCACUUUAGCUAGUCCCCAAACGAAGUGUAAAUAUGAAUAUACUUAUUUACACUGUACAAACCUCUUUGUAGAAACAAGAACAUGAUCUUGCACUUGGGUUGUCUUUUUGCCUAGGUUUAAACUAUGGUUUUUGAAAUGUGGCUGUGUAAAAGUGACACUGCCUUACUCAGACCCUGUAGUGUAUUCAUUGUUCACUACUGACUAAAACUAGUGUUUGCUACUCCUUACAUUUUUCUAAACUAAAAUUACAAACCUCAUUUAAUACUCUUAAUGUUAGUGAAAGUAAAAUCCAGGACUUGUGGAUUGUCCUUCAGUAUGAAUGUAAUAGGCUUAUAGAAGGCAGAAUGCAGCUGUUUGUCUUGCUAUUAACAGUGAGAAUUGUGGUAUUUUUGGAAAUGGCACCAAUUACAUAAGGGAUGAUCCAUAUGUUGUAGGUAAUACAGCAUAUUCGCCACUUGUGACAAAGAAUGUCUGUUUUAUUUAGCAGGUGUCUAUGUUGCAUAUUAUGUAAUUCAUCACAGAUGCUGUGUUGCCCAUUUCAUUGUCUUUUAAGCAUUUGUUGCAUUUACAGUGGGUUUCCUCAUUGUAUUUGUGAUGCAGGAGGAAGUUAGAAUCACUUUAAAGUACUGGGCUAAUUACUCUUAGUGUUUUAAAGACCACCCAUCCAACUUUACCACAGGGAAUUCAAAAAUGUAAAAUACUAGCAGUAAGCUUGUUUGUAUUCAACUUUUAAACUUGCCAAGAACAGUGUUUGUUACUGUCAUAUGCAACAGACACCUGUUGGUGUGGUUUUUUUUGUUUUUGUUUUUUAAAAAGAAACCAACCAAACUUGGGGUCAAAGUACAUUUAUCAGCAAAUCUCUGACAGCUAACACUUAGGGAAGUCCUCCUAGGAAAGAGCAUUCUAGAUGCACUUUCAUUUUUCCUUGAAAAUUAAGCAGUCAUGUUCAUUAUCUCUGGCUUCUAUGAGUUUGAGAUGUGCUAUACUGAAAAUUAACAUGGCAUGGACAAGAUUGUACUUCAAACUCCAGGUUUCUUGGUUUCUUAUUUAAUGAGGUAUCUGCUUCUGUUAAAUCUGGUUUAUUUGCUGUUCUGUUUUGCAAACAAGGAUUUGAACACCCUUUAAGGGUACAUAAAGUCAAAACAAGUGACAGGCAACAUUUUGACACAGCACUUAGCCACAGGUUGCAUCAAUUCUAAUACAGCUCUU